AUGGGCCUCGAAUCCCAUGUAGAAUCUCUCAAGCUGCCUCCCGAGCAGCAGCAGCAGCAGGAGCAGGAGGAGAAGGAGGGGCAGGGGAAACAGGGAGUGGUGCAGCCGCAGCAGAUACUAAGCGGAGUACUUCCAGGCUUCCGCUCAGGCGCAUAUAGCGCGGAUGCACAUGCUCUAUGUCUUGGGAGCAUGGCGAGAGGGGUAGGAGCGACGUUAGUGGAAGGACCCGAGCCUUCAAGUCCCCCUCAUGCGGAGAUUGUGGCGCAAGAUUGCGCGGGGACGGCGCAGAAGCGCCAGCGCAAGAUGACCCCCAAAGGCCUGGAGCUGGAGCGCGCGCUCAUGGUGCGGAAGAGAGCGCGCGCCGCCGCUAGGAACCGCGCGGAGCAACCGAGCGGAAGAAAGAACGAGCAGGAAGCAGCGGGUAAGUGGGCAGGCGGAGCGGAGCGGGGAUGCGGGGGAAGCGGUGUAAACGGGAGGCGAGUAGGGGAUAUGAGUUGGAGUGUGGAUGUAGCAGGGGGGCCCGUGGAGCGUGCAGGAGAGGCGGCGAGGGGAAUAAAUGGGCGGAUGGGAGUGGGGGAGUGUGCGCUGAGCGGAAGUAGCGGUCAAGAUAGGGACCAAGAUUGGGAAUCACGCGGGGGGAACACGGGGAAGAGUGCUGGCGGCAGUUUGCAGCCCGGAGAGACGGGUUGGGAGGAGUGGAGGAGGAAUGGAGGGCGGGAUGGUGGUACGGAUAGCAGGCGGGAAGCCUCUUUUAGUGGGAGACGGUACAGGGAAGAGGAGGAACCUCCCUGGGAGCAGAGAAAUGGGGGAGAAGAAGAAGACAAAGAAGGGGAGAAGAACAAAGCGGAUGGGGAGGAGGAGGAGGAUGGGAAGGGGAGUCUAGCAGGCCGGUUGGCAGGGUUGGGUGCGUCGUAUGCGGCAGAGUUAAGGGAUGGGCUGGGCGGCUUCACCUGUCGCAUGCAGGAAAGGGAGGUCGCAACUGUGGUGAUGGAGCGCACUGGAGGGGCCGAAGGAGGAGGCGAGGAGGGGGAGGAGAGGAAAGCGAGCAGGCCGAGGGGAGACGAGGAAAGGGAGACUGUCGGAGGGGGUAUAGUUCUGAGGGUGGCGGAUGGGUGGAGUAGGCGGGUUAUGCAGGCGGAGGGGGAGCUGGAGAGCGGCAAAAGCGGGCAGGGGGAGGUGGGGCGCGGGAGGAACGGAUGCGUGGUGUUGGGGUGUGAGGUGGAGAGCGAGAGGGAUGCGCGUGUGGGAGGGGAGGAGUUGGAGUGUGCAGUUGAUGUUCCUGUCAGCCUUUGUCUCAACGGCCCGUUUCAGCUUCCAGGCUACUCCUCUGGUGAUGCUGCUGGUGCCGUGGCUAGGCUUGACCGGCGAGGGACGAGAGGAGAUGGCAAAGGGGCGAGAGGCGGCAAUAGUAGCACAUCUGGUGAUUCUAAGGGGAGCAGUGGUAGCGGGUCAGGUUCAGAAGGUCGGUUGGGCGGGUGUGGGCGAGGUGGUGGGGGUGGGAGAGGGAGGGGGGAGAAAGGAGCGCGCGGGAGACGCAGAGGGAGGGGCAGGCGGGGUUUCGGUGGUAGGAGGAAGCUGAGGUGGGAGAUUGGCGGUGGUAGGGAGGUGGUGAGAGGAAGGAGACGAGGUUCGGAUGGAGAGGAAGCGGCGACGAGAGUUAGACGGUCUAGGAGGCUUGAGCUGAAGCAGACUGAGGAGGAGGAGGAAUGGGAGGAGGAGGAGGGGGACGAGGAGGAGGAAGAGGACGAAGAGGAGGAGGACGGAGAGGAAGAGGAUGAGGAGGAUGAGGAAGACGAGGAAGAGGAAGAGGAGGAAGAGGAGGAGGGGGAAGGUGAGAUGCAACGGAGAGGGUGGAUGGGGCAGGGGAGGGGGGUGAGGGAAGUGAGGAAGAGCCAGGAAAAGGUUGGGGAGAAACGAUAUUGGAUGAAUCAUAGAAAGGAGGAGCAGCAAGGGGAUGAGAAAGACGAGGAGAAAGAGGAGGAAGAAGGGGACAAGGAGGGGCAGCGUGAGAAGGAGGGACACAAGGGUGUGAGAGGGGUGGGUGAGGAACGGGAUGAAGUGUCCAGUGAUGAGAAGGAGGUGAAGGAGCAAGGCGGCAUGCAGGGAGGGAGGAGAGCAGGUGGCACGGGAGAAAGCAAGGCGGAUGAAAGGAAGGGCGUGGGGGGAGUGUGCAGCAGGCGGAGGAGAGCAACGAGCAUGGAGGGGGAGAAGUGGGGGGGGAGGGUUGGGGCGAGGAGGCUGCUGGUUCGGCUGGCGGUUGUGGCGUUUGCACCGGCGUGGAGAGCGAUGGGGCAGAGCGGGGCUGCGCGUGUGGAUAGAUGCCGGCAUGGGUGGUUGAGGGAGAGGCGGAGAUUGCUGGGCAGGUGGAGGGUGGAGGAGAAGCAGAGGGAAGAGAGUGAGGACGAGGAGGAGGAGGAGGGAUGGGAGGAGGACGAGGAGGAGGAGGAGGUGGAAGUGAGAGGAAGCGAGGGAGGCAAGGAAGGGGAUGAGGUGGCAUUGGUGAGGGCUCAAGCAGGGGGAGAGAGGGAAGCAGGCAGGGAGAUGGGGUAUGUGAACGGCCAUGAUAUGCCUAAGCGCGGAUGGGGAGGGGCGCACGCGAGCAGGGAUGGGCAGGAGGCGGGAGGGAGUGCAGAGGGGCACAGGCAGGUGGAAGCGUGCUGUAUUGGGCAUGGAGGUGGAGGGGACGGGGAGGGGCGGAGGCAGGCGGAAGAGAGUGCAGGGAGAGGGGGAGAUGAGUCUACAGAGCUGACAGUUGCUGCCCCUGCUGCAGCAGCUGAGGGUGAUGCCGCCGGUUGUGAUGGGGGCCUAGCUCAUCCUGUUCUUGCUGCUGCUGCUGCUGCUGCUGCUGCUGCUGCUGCUGCUGCUGCUGCGGUACGUGAGUGUGAAGAGAGGCAAGCACCAUGCGAAAGGGAGGAAAGGCAGAAGGAGCAGGAGGAGCAGGUGUGCGGGAUAGAGUCAGAGCCAGUCACUGUGGUGUGUGAGCACACUGCUGUGGAGAUUUCAACUCAAGUCACUUCAGUCACUGCUCUCUCUGCCCCCGCUGGGGUCACUCCGGCUCCCACCUUCCAUCUCCGCGACCCUCUGCUUUCCACUCCUGUUCGCCCCACUCUCCCCUCCGCCCCUGCCGCUGCUGCUGCUGCUGCUGCGAUUGCCACAGCAAUGCUUGCUCUGAUGCUCUUAUGGGCUUGUGCAGCUGAUAAGGGCAAAGAAAUUUCAGUAAGUGGGGCACUGAUUGCAGGGGAGGACGAGGUGAGGGGCGAGGUGAGGGGCGAGUGA